UUGACUUCUCUCUUUCUUCAAGGCAGCAAAAAAAAAACUUGAGUUUGAACCUUAAUUUGAUCUCUUUUUCUUCAUAUUAGGCUUAUAUCCAGCAGGGUAGCUAGCUAGCUAGCAAGGAAUCAACAACAUUCAAAGAUGGAAUCAUCCCUUGAUGAAAGACUCGAAAGAUGCUCGCUUGCUAAAGAUCAUCAUCAAGAAGAAGAAGAAGAAGAAGAAGAAGAUCCAAAUACCAAAUGGUUGGCAAGACUUCCUCAAGAAAUCAUAGUGGAGGUGCUGCUGAGGUUGCCUGUCAGAUCACUCUCGAGAUUCAGGUGCGUUUCAAAACCAUGGCGCUCGUUGAUCUCGAGUUCUAAAUUCAUGAAUUCCAAUCUCAAGAAAUCAAAUGAGCAUGAAAGGGAUGAUAAUUACUCCAAUCGUAGUCUUCUUUUGGUCUCAAUGGUUUCCUUGGUCAUCAACAUGCAUUCCUGUUCUCUUCACUCAGUCAUACACGAUAAAUCCUCCGUGAAGUUGCAUGAAGUAGAGCCUCCUAAGAGAUGUUUUUACCCAGCAUUAUACAUUCUAGGUAGCUGCAAUGGGAUUUUUGGCAUUCUAGAGGGUUACCAUGAUACCAUGUUAUGGAAUCCUACCAUCAAACACUUGAAGAAGCUACCUAAUUCGGACACAAAUUACCGCAGGUAUAAGAUUUUCUCUUACGGUUUUGGUUAUGAUGAGUUGAAUGAUGAUUACAAAGUGGUAGAAAUAUGUUGUUAUGCCCGUCUUGGGAUCAAUCGCGAGACUAUAGUCAAUGUAUACAGUUUAAAGUCGAAUUCUUGGAGAAGGAUUCAGGAUUAUGAAGGUGGGAUGAUAUCGGGUUCUCCGGGCGUGUUUUUCAACGGAGUCCUCCAUUGGCUGACGACUCACAGGGACGGUUUGAAAAGAGUUUGGAGUAUUCUGUCACUCGAAAUAUCAUCCGAGACACAUGGAACCAGGUUAAUGCUGCCUCAAAGUGAAAAUGGUUUUGAUCCAAUGCUCGGGGUUCUUAAAGGACGUCUCUGUGUAUUUUGCAACUACUAUCAACAAAAAAUGGAUGUGUGGAUGAUGAAUGAGUAUGGAAACAACGAAUCUUGGUCCAAAUUUGCUUCAAUCCCGUACUCAUUGGACAUCCGCGGUCGAAUUUUGCCAUUGUCUGUGUCGAAAUCUGGAGAGAUUUUAGUGCGAUGUGGUUAUUCCUUCAUGCUGUACAAUAAGGGAGAUGGUUCAUUCUCAGACACUGCGGUCAAAAUGGAUGAUCCUACGUCCCUAGACGAAGCUGUUAUGUAUACAGAGAGCUUGGUUUCGCCCUACCUUUAUGAUGAUGCAAGAGACCAAAUUUGA